AUGUGUGACGAGGAAUAUUCAAGCGCGAUUGGAGAAAAGAGAUCUUUUCUUCUCCAUUGCAAUCACACCAUCUGCACGGGAUGCUAUCUGAAGGCUCGACAACCGACGACGAGCGCUCAACGACCGACGACGAGCGCUCAACGACCGACGACGAGCGCUCAACGACCGACGACGAACGCUCAACGACCCACGACGAACGCUCAACGACCGACGACGAACGCUCGACAACCGACGGCGAACGCUCAACGACCAAAACCAGACACUUUCAAGCAAAAAAUCACUUGCCCAACUUGCAUGAAGUCGAGUUUUUUCAAAAGUGAAAACAAGAAAAAUCAAUUUCAAGAUUUUAUGAAUGAGUUGCCCAAGAUGACACGACAAUUGGAAGCAACCAGAAACGCUCUUGGCUGUGAGGAGUGUCAUGAAAAGUUCAUUGCUGAUGUGAUGUUUCACUGCUCUCAAUGCGUCUCUCAGAUCUGCGGUGCCUGCGCUUAUCUGAAACAUCGCUUACAUAAGGCAAAUCGUCUUUUGAGAAAAAGGGCAUCUGACAUGAUGCUGCAACAUUGGGUGGAUUCGUCGAGUGCCAUUAAAUCGUGCGAUAAAAUGCUCGACCAAUUGAAUGAACAACUUUCUGAGGAAAUCAAUUCGUUCGGAUUGAAACUGCUUUCAAAGACCUACACUUAUAAAAAUGCUCUAACUUUUUCCAAUUUGUAUGAGAAUCACGAGGAGUUGACAAAGUUAAGGACGGAUUUCGAAGCGUCGGUUGAAGAAUACUUGCCACAUCUACACAAUUUUGGCACAAAAGUCAAAGAAUUGAUCCAAGCGGUUGACAAAAAGCCCGGCGAUGAUCCGAUCGCU